UGUGGUGGGCGGCGCGCCCGCCCCGGGGCCGGCAGGCACGGAGACGCAGCACGCCAUCUGCGUGGUGACCAGCGAGGGCGCCGUCGCCACGGCCAGGGCCACUAUCACGCGCGCCAUCAACACCUCCUGCAGCGCCGGGAACAUAGAACACUUCAGUAAAUUGGAAAAGGAUAUUGCAGACCAAAAUCACAUGAUUAGAUAUUUGAUUCAUUUAAUGGAGAUGCAUUAUAGUCAAAACCAUGAUAAGAUGUACUUAAGAUCGUCGGUGGAUAGUUCGGCAUACAAAAUACAGGAGGAGUCACUUGACAACCAUGCUCAUUUGCAGAGCGCAGAACCCAGCAGCCGAGAAGCAGAAAUUGAUCGCUACAACAGCAGUCUCCUCACGGAUCCUCGAGGACGGCUCACCUUCAACUAUUACUGGCGGGUACAUCACGUUUUCGAGAUGCCCGAAAACACGACAGUUAGAAGCCAAAGCUUUUACGUGUCCUCUGGCAGCUAUCGCAUGUACCUGACCUACUGGGCAGGUACUUUCUUGCACAUGGCAGGUAUCGGGCUUACCCGCGGGGAACACGACACCUUACUUCCGUGGCCAUUUAACCUAACCAUCCGAUUAUCCAUUCUCGCACAGAAUCACAGGAAGGACGACAUGCGAGACUUUAGUUCACCUAGCAUUGAACCAGCUCAUUCUAUCAGGUGUCACAGUAUUCACUGGCAGAAGCCACACAUCAGUGACAACCCUAGUUGCUUCAUUCUGAUCUACAGUAGAGACUUGCUGCACACAGUUAGCUAUCUCUAUAAAGACACCGUUCUUUUGCAUCUUUCUGUUCUCUUAGUCAAGUAGUCUACUUUCUAUACAGACUUCACAAAAAAACAUGCACAGUCAACAAGUUUUAAGACCUAUUAUUCCCACAAUACACUCUUACUGUACAUUACUGACAAUACUCCACUUUCAUCUUUUACAGCACAUUUUAAAUAUUUUUCCAAAAACUAUAAACUUAAAUAUUUUAUAUCCCUGUUAUUUAUAAUUCAGGUGGAACUAGUAUUGAAUAUUACGCUACUGACAUUUUAAAACAAAUGCUAAGAUUCUAUAAAUAAAAACCCAAGUAUAAAUUGUACAUAUGGGAUAAAAGAAUAAAAUAUGUUUUGAAUUUGAAGAACAGUUCACUCCUGACAUGCUUUUAUGUGGUUGCUAUAGUACACAGCUAAGUACAGAAUGGUUAAGAAAUAUUCACAAAGUAAAAUGAUUUGACAUUCUUCUCUAUACAAUUUCCUGGACUCCUCGAAUAAAUAUAAAUUCUCACGCAGUAGUCGUCGGUACUUUGGACAUGUCCAUUUUAUCAAAAUAUGUAUGCCUUAUGGCCUGUUUUGCAGACAGUCUAUCAGGCGGACUGUAGACCAGUAACUUCUGUGGGAGGAAGGAAAAAGUGAAAGUUAUGCAAUGUAAUUUUGAUGCUACAUUACACUAAUAUGUAAAAUAAUAGUGUCAUUUCUAUUUCACAACAGCAAUUUAACAAAAAUACGG